GUGUGUGUGUGAUGGCGCGGCGGGAGGCGGAGCCGCUCGGACAUGAGUAAAUGACGUCAGCGCCCAGGUCGCCCAGCAGAGAAACAAACAUGGCGACAGAAUGGAGCGGGCAGCAGGGUUACAUUCUCACUGUCAUUAUAUUCCUGUGGAGCGCCGUCGGUGGUCGGACCGAGACUGCGGCGGCGGCGGCGGCGGCGGGGGGGUCCGGCGUCAGCGGCGGCCGAGGCAGCGGCGGGAGCCAGGUGCUCGGCAUGCGGCUGGAGAGGAGCGACAAGCCGGCCAGCACCAAUGACGACGGUGUCAUCCAGGUGACUGAGGAGAGCUCCGUGCAGCUCCGGUUUUACGGGGUGCAGCUCCACUCGGGCGCCUGGACGCUAAUCCGCUUCACGGAGGUCUCGGACGGCGGCGGGGGGGACCAAGCGGAGGAGGAGGAGGAGGCGGUGGCGGCGGCGAGGGGCGGCAGCGGCAUGAUGGAAGCGCCGGACAGGACUUGCGUUGACUUCACGAAGGACAUCAGCGUCGGGAACUUCAUGAACGUCAGCAGUCGAGGCACGUCGGGGCUGCUCACCGUGCGCAUUAAGCCGCUCCGGAAGAGCGAGCCGCAGAAGGAGUACGCCCUGUGCACGCCGGCCGCGGAGGGGAGCGGCUGGGUGCUGCUGGGGGACAGUGAUGGCAGGGUGCUGGUGUUGGAGGAGAAGAAGUCCCUGCUGCCCAUGUGGCUGCAGGCCAUCCUCAUCUCCUGCCUGCUGGUGCUCUCUGGCAUGUUCAGCGGCUUGAACCUGGGACUGAUGGCGCUGGACCCCAUGGAGCUCCGCAUCGUCCAGAGCUGUGGCACCGACAAGGAGAAGAAGUACGCCAGGAAAAUCGAACCCAUCCGCAGCAAAGGGAACUAUCUGCUCUGCUCUCUGCUUCUGGGGAACGUCUUGGUGAACACCACCCUCACCAUCCUGCUGGAUGACCUGAUCGGAUCAGGGCUCGGCGCCGUGGUGGCCUCCACCAUCGGGAUCGUGAUCUUCGGUGAGAUCGUUCCCCAGGCUCUGUGCUCCCGCCACGGGCUGGCCGUAGGAGCCAACACCAUCCUGGUGACGAAGCUGUUCAUGUUCCUCACGUUCCCGCUGUCCUUCCCCGUCAGCAAGCUGCUGGACGUCCUGCUGGGCCAGGAGAUCGGCACCGUGUACAACAGGGAGAAGCUGGUGGAGAUGCUCAAAGUGACGGAGCCCUACAACGACCUGGUCAAAGAGGAGCUGAACAUGAUCCAGGGGGCCCUGGAGCUCAGGACCAAAACCGUGGAGGACGUGAUGACCCCUCUGGGUAACUGCUUCAUGAUCCAAGCAGACGCUGUGCUGGACUUCAACACCAUGUCUGUGAUCAUGGAGAGCGGAUACACUCGCAUCCCGGUGUAUGACGAUGAGAGGUCCAACAUCGUGGACAUCCUGUACGUGAAGGACUUGGCCUUCGUGGACCCGGACGACUGCACCACCCUGAAGACCAUCACCAAGUUUUACAACCACCCCGUGCACUUUGUGUUCCACGACACGAAGCUGGACGCCAUGCUGGAGGAGUUCAAGAAAGGUAAAUCCCACCUGGCCAUCGUCCAGAAAGUGAACAACGAGGGGGAGGGAGAUCCUUUCUACGAGGUGCUGGGGUUGGUCACGCUGGAAGACGUCAUCGAGGAGAUCAUCAAGUCGGAGAUCCUGGAUGAGUCUGACCUUUACACUGACAACAGGAACAGGAAGAAGGUGGACCCCAACAAAAACAAGCCCGACUUCUCAGCCUUCAAACACGAAACGGACAGUAAAGUGAAAAUCUCUCCUCAGCUCAUGCUGGCGGCUCAUCGUUUCCUGGCUACAGAGGUGAGCCUGUUCAGCCCGUUUCAGAUCACGGAGAAGGUCCUGCUGAGGAUCCUCCGACACCCGGACGUCAUCCAGGAGCUCAAGUUCAACGAGAAUGACAAACGCUCGCCGCAGCACUUCCUUUACCAGCGGGGCAAACCUGUCGACUGCUUCAUCCUCAUUCUGCAGGGGCGAGUGGAGGUGGAAGCCGGAAACGAAAACAUGAAGUUUGAAACCGGCCCGUUCUCUUACUACGGAGUCAUGGCUCUCAGCUCACCAUCACUGGCCGUCACCCCUCCUCUCUCCCCUUCAGUGGCGUCUCCCCCUCCACGACGCCUCUCUCUUAAGAGGUUUUCUCUGUUCUCUCGUUUCCCAGAGUUUCGUUCUCCGUCACACGGGGGCAACCUGAACCGCUCAGCGUCUCUGAGCUGCACUGAGCGCGCUCCAGAGAGCGGCUCCGUGGGCGGCAGCGUCACCCAGAUCCCAGGCACCCCCUUCCAGUACAUACCAGAUUUCUGCGUCCGUGCGCUCACGGACCUGCAGUUUGUCAAGAUCACUCGUGCUCAGUACCAGAACGGCCUCCUGGCGUCCAAGCUGGACAGCACGCCACAGUCUCCAGAGGGCAGUCAAGCCCGUCUGGACACGUCCGCCUCUUUGCCUGCCGUGACGCCACCAGGAACCCGCAAUCCACUGCCCCUGGCCACGCCUCCUGCAGGGCGUCAGCCGGCGAGCACUCCGCCGCCGCCGCCCAGCAGCCGCACCGUUCUGCCCCAGACCACCUCCUCCACCAACCGCAGACCGAGCCAAUCUCUGCCCCAAGCCGCUCCGCCUCCGAGCAACCACACCUCCCUGUCCCAGACCUCCCCGUCCUCGGUGAGCGUAGCAACGGGCACCUUUAACCCUUCCCAGACCUCCUCCCUCUCCUCCAAGUCCCAGCCGUCCCCUUCCUCUGCCAGCCCUGAGAACGGGCCGGGAGAGACCACCACUCUGCUCAGUGAGCAGCAGAACUGUGUGGGCCCUCGCAGGCCCAGCCACACCCAGGCACACCCCCACCCACACGUCCACACCAUCAGCCACGCUCACACUGAAAGCACCAUCUAACUACAACUAAGCUACCUGUGCGCUCACCCGAUCACAUGGCAC